AUGGUUGUACGCUAUCAAAAUUAUAAGGUGGAAUAUGAAUUGAAGAACUUCCACGGCAUACUAGGACGAGUUGGAAAUAGACGAAGCCUUGAUCUAUACGACAUGAAUAAUUACCAUGUUAUGAAAGCUGCAUAUAGGUGCCCCACGAUAUACAACGAAGAGUUUCUUGUAUUUUCAAGGCAAAAUUUUAAUAUUUGCCAAGCUUUACAUCAGAAAGAGUUUCAACAAUUAGAGAGAUGGUACAGCGAUUGUGGGUUGGACCGCUUGAACAUCGGACGAGAUGCGUUACUUAUGGCCCAUUUUAUGGCUUCAGCAAUUUUUGGCGAUCCUCAAUUGGUCGAUGCUCGUAUGUCAUUCGCCAAAAACGUUGUGCUUAUAGCACGCAUCGAUGAUUUUUUCGAUCAACAUGGUUCUCGAGAAGAAUCAUACAAGAUCCUAGAUUUAGUAAAAGAGUGGAAUGAGAAGCCAACCGUAGAUAACGGUUUCCAAGAAGUUGAGAUACUCUAUACAGCGGUGUACCGCACUGUAAACGAGAUAGCAGAAAGGGCUUACGUGGUGCAAGGCCGUUGCGUUAAACAUCAUCUAAUUAACCUCUGGGUUAAAAUUCUAACGAGUUUCGUGAAGGAAUUCGAUACAUGGUGCGAAGAUGAUGCGAUAAACUUGGAUGAGUACUUGUCUUUUGCUCGGAUAUCGGUCGGUACCGAAAUAUGCAUACUCACUUCCAUAUAUUUCCUUGGUAUAAAAUUAUCUGAAGAAACGAUUUUGAGUGAGGAAUGUAUUAGCUUGUGCAUGCAUGUUGGCACGGUCAACCGCCUGCUCAAUGAUCUUCAAUCUUCUCAGAAGGAGAAGGAAGAAAGGAGGGUAAAUGCGGUGAGCAUUGUAAAAGAAUCUGACGAUGAAGACGAAGAGAUGGCAGUUUCGAAGAUUGAAAAAUUGAUAGAGUAUAAUCGGAGAAAACUGCUGAGAAUGGUUUAUAAGAGAGAAACCAUUGUUCCAAGAAAAUGCAAAGAUUUGUUCUCAGAGAUAUGCAAAAUGGGUUAUUAUUUGUACUCAUCUGGUGGUGGUGAUGAAUUUACUUCCCCGCAACAAAUAAUGGAGGAUGUGAAGUCAUUAAUCCAUCAACCCCUUAAACUUCCUCCGUCUUAA